GAUACGUCGUUGCUUACGUUGGCGCUUCCAAAGGAAUGAAUUUCUGCGACGUUUAUAUGACUUACUUACAUUUGUUGUCACAAAGAUCGCUUUAUCUUAUGCAUCAUAUCCAUUUGUGAUGUUACACCUCGGACCCGGCCUAUACUUUUACAGGCAAAUGUAUUUUUUCCUACACUUCUCUGCACUUUUUGCUAUACUUCUCUUGCCUCGAAUAUUGCCUCCAGAAUCAAAACCAAUUCAAAUUGGUGAUGUGAAGAAAUCAUCAUAAUCAGAUCUGUCAUACACUCAUUAUGGACCUUAUUUUGUCGCAUUUUUCUUGGAUGAAGCACACUGAAUAUUGUUCAAGUUAGGAGUACUAGACAGUGAUAUAAUAUCCAAAAAUAAAAAACCUUAGUCUUUGAAACGGUUUUAUUUCAUCGUUACAGC